AUGAGAGCUGGUAUACGAUUGUUAGCGACUGCAACAGAUGCAGGUGCAUCGAGACCCUUCAAGCCGGCACCUGCGGCUUUGUUGCCGCCAAUACCACUCUACCGGCGCCUGCUAAGGUCACAUCGAAAGAGGCUAGGCCCAGAGGAACGCCUGUUGGGUGACAUGUAUGUGAAGGCCGAGUUCAGAGCUCACAGGGACGUUGAGAACCCCGUACAAAUUAUCGGCUUUUUGUCGGAGUGGCAAACAUAUUGUCAGAUGCUUGAAGGAGAUUCAUGGAAAGACGCAAAGAUGGACAAAGCGAAGAUUGAUAAAAUGAGCGACCAACAAAUCGGCCAGCUGUAUGAACUGAUGCAGCAGAUUAAGAACCAGGCAAAGGAAGACGCUGAUGCCGAAGACGCAAGAGUGGUGGAAAUGCUUGACAAGAAGCCUCCAACGGACCACUGA